CGACGCCUGCUACACAACUAGAGCCUCUCUCUAGACCGACCCGGACUCGCCCGCCGAGCCACACUCGCCGCCCUCUCGUUCUCCCACCCGACCCGGCUUCAUCAGCUCGCCCACCCGACUUUCGACCCUCCCUCCUCACCAUGGUCCUCGAGCAGGUCUACAUCUGUCGGCAUGGCUUUCGCCUGUCGUGGGAGACGUCGGUCUGGAAAUCGCCGACAGGCAUCCCUCGCGACCCGCCGUUGUCGUCGCACGGCGUCGACCAGGCCAAGGAGCUCGCCGCGUUCCUGAAGGAGGAGCUCGGCGUCUCGAGCAAGGAGGAGGCUCGCGAGAAGGGCGUCGUCAUCCUCAGCAGUCCCUUGUACCGCUGCGUCCAGACGGCGACGCCGACAGCUCAAGCCCUCGACCUACCCAUCUUCAUCGAGCCUGGCCUCGCCGAGUGGUACCUCCCCGUCCGCCGCGGCCUGCACCCGGCGCUCGCGUCGGCGUCGUUCCUCAAGCAGUACUUUCCGCUCGUCGACGACUCGCAGCCGUCCUCGGCCCGCUCUACCGCGCCUCUCGACCCGUGGUCGCCGCUCGUCAUGCCUCCUCGGACCGGCGAGUCGAUCCGGGCCGUCCACGCGCGGUGCGACGUCCUGUCGCGCGCGCUCGUCGAGGCGCUCGAAGCGCGAGGCGCCAAGACCGUCGUCGUCUUUUCACACGCGGCGACCGUGAUUGCGCUGUCGCGCGCGUUCGCCGAGGACCUGCCGCGAGAGCUGCUCGCGGGCGCCAAGGAGGGCGAGGUCGAGCCGCUCGGCGAGUGGAAUGACGGCGAGCGGCUGAGCGUCGGCGCAGCGACGUGCAGCGUGAGCAAGUUCUCGAGGGCCCUCGGGGGCGAGGCCGGCGAGGGCAAGCAGUGGACGAGGGAGUGGGACGGGCGGACCGACUUUAUGGAGCGAGGCGAGGAGCGCAGGUGGGACUUUACGUUCGUCGAGGAGAUUGAGGAGGACGGCCUGCUCGACGGCAAGGAGGUGUCGGCGACGGCGUCGGACAACUACAAGGAGCUGCCGACCGCUGCGCCCAAGGAGACGGUCGCCAACGAGGCGAGGGAGGGCAAGCUGUGAAAGGGAGCAAGGUUGGACGAUUGCGGAGGUUGGUGCGCGGAGAGGCGGAUGAAAUUGGCGGGGUACGAGGGCGGCGGUUGGUCGUCGAGGUGACGAGCGUUGUGACGAGCGAGGUGUACAGACGCAGUAUCGUCUCUGGC